GGCAUUUUCGUUUUCUUCAUCACUUGGGCCAUUGCCGCACUCCAUAUCACCUGCCCAAUGCUCGUCUGGUAUACCUUGCAUUCCCGGUGAUCCAAGGCGACUGUCGUCCGCCUGACUGCCUGACGAGCUGGGCUUGUCCUUUACUCUUUCGGUUUUUACUUCUGAGAUCGUCGCCGCCGUCAAAAUGAUGUUUUCCUCUUCUUCCUUCGUGAUGGCAACCAUCUUUGCGGCCGCGCAGGCUGCUACGACAGGCAAUGCAACAACCAGCGGGAACUCGCACUAUCAAUACGAUCCAGCACAAGCCCACCUCGAAGGACUCAACGGGACCAUCUCCCACUCAUACCUUGGGGCAAUGCUGGGUGUCGUUGCCUUGCUUCUCGCCUAUUCACUGACCUUGCGGCUCAAUGCCCACAUUCGACACUUGGCCUCCAUGUCUGGCGCAGGCGCUCUUCGGUACUUUUCUAGCGCUUCGCCUGCCAUCAGUCUGGUUAAGAGCAAGCUGCUAUAUGCUCCAAUCCUCUUCUAUCGACGGGCCCGAGAGAUCAGAUUUUCUCGUCGUGUUACUUUUGGGACUGUUCCAACACGAUUGCAAACUUCAUUCAUACUUUCGGUGGUCAUUACAAAUUUCUUCCUCUGCACCUGGAAUAUCCCAUGGUCGAAACCCGAGCAGCAGCUUUUGCCUGUCCUCAGAAACCGAACUGGGACCCUGGCGGUGACCAACUUGAUCCCAAUCAUGGUCAUGGCGACGGUGAAGAAUCCAUUGAUAUCGAUGCUGGACAUUUCGUACGACACUUUCAAUUUGAUGCACCGCUGGUUUGGUCGUCUGGCUAUCUGUGAAGCCAUUACUCAUGUUCUGUGCUGGCUCAUUCCAAAAGUGCAGUCGAGCGGCUGGGCUGCAGUGAAGACAUCAUUGGACAGUCCUUUCAUCUACAGUGGCUUGAUUGCCGCUAUCAGCCUCGUAUUCAUCUUGUUGUCAAGUCCAAAGGUGAUUAGGAACCUGGCGUACGAAUUCUUCCUGCACCUACAUGUUGUCCUUGUGGUGUUGGUACUAGUAUUCCUCUGGAGGCACCUUGAAGGUGUACCUCAAAGGGGGUUGUUGCUUGGGGCUGUCAUAAUUUGGGCCACGGCAAGGUCUCUUAGACUUGUGACAUUGGUCUACAGAAAUGUUGGGAGAGGUGGCACCAAAGCCAAGUUUGAGCCGCUGAACGGUGGCGUGGUGAAGAUCACACUCACGAGCCCAAGACCCUGGACGUAUCGACCGGGCCAAUCGCUGUAUCUGACAAUUCCUUCGAUCGGUUUAUGGACAGCGCACCCCUUUUCCGUCGCGUGGUCCGGGAUUGAAGAUCCUUUGAGCAGAUCAUCUUCACUCAGAUCAAACUACAGCGAAAAGCGACCGGCGAUCCACAUAUACUCCAAGGACAUUGAAAAACGUGGAGAAGAAACAAUAUCCUUGAUCGUCAAAAAGCAAACAGGCAUGACGAACAAACUCUGGCAUCGUGCAAUGACGGCCGGGGCAGGUCUGGAGCUCAAUGCGUUGAUCGAAGGACCGUACGGAAACGAGCGCAGCAUGUCAAGCUAUGGGACAGUGCUCCUCUUUGCAAGUGGUGUCGGCAUUACGCAUCAACUUGGAUAUGUCAAGGAGCUUGUGGAAGGAUACGGCCAUGGUACAGUGGCGGCGAAACGAGUCACACUUGUGUGGGUUAUACCGACAACGGAAUGUCUGGACUGGAUUCGACCAUGGAUGCACGAGAUUCUAUCCAUGGAAGGACGGAGAGAGGUGCUCAAAGUUCUCUUGUAUGUCACUAGAGUCAGCCUCAGCCAGGUUAUCCGAAGUCCAAGCGAACACGUUCAGAUGGCGCGGGGGAGACCGGAUGUGGAAACCCUCAUUGCGAGCGAGGCCAGGCAGAAAGUCGGCUGUAUGGGAAUAAGUGUCUGCGCAGGUGGAGGGCUGGCAGAUGAAGUCAGGCGUGCAUCCCGGGCGAUGCUUGACAAUGGCGUAAAUGUGGACUUCAUUGAGGAAGGCUUCGGGUGGUGAUGGAAGCAGAGGAGUUGGUCGUUUUCUUCUUUUCCUUUUGGCUGGAUUGCGCCGUAUAGAUUAGACUUGGUCGGAUAUUCUUUAGCUCACCGAGUUCUUUUGUCAACAAAAUGAACAAGAAUGUAUUUGAUUCUCAGUACGGCCAGGACCAAGAGUGGAAGGCGAUUGGU